AUGAAUAAGAGUGAGGAAGUAAAGUACGUUAGAUUGAGAGUAGUCGGAGGCGAGCCAGCAGGAGGUGCCUCUCUUGCACAGAAGGUGGGUCCUCUGGGAUUCAACGCCAAGCAGGUUGGAGAAAACAUUGCAAAGCAGACAAAGGAGUACAUGGGAUACAAAAUAGGAGUGCUUUUGACGAUCCAGGGAAGACAGAUGGACAUAACCCCCGAGCCUGGCACGUCUGCUCUCAUUCUGAAGGAGCUCAAGGAGCCCCCCAGAAACAGAAAGAAGGAAAAAAACGUCCAGCACAAUGGAUCUGUCUCGCUUGACGCCAUUGUUGAAAUUGCAAAGAGGCAGAGAUCAAAGUCCUACGCAAAACACCUUUCCGGCACGGUGAAGGAGAUUCUUGGAACCUGCCUGUCCAUUGGGUGCCUGGUUGACGGAGAGUCUCCCAAGGAAAUCACUAGAAAGAUCAAAGAGGGAGAAAUAUCCAUUGCCGACGAAUAA